AUGUCGCCUCAUUCCCAAUGGAACGGAUGGGACGGACGAUGGCAUCAGACGCAACAUCAAGACCGCUACGCCGAUGAAAGACGAUAUCCACCAACUCCCGCUGUGAGCGCGGUAUCCCAGGGUACCACGGCCGUCUCUCAAACAUUCACGCCAUCAUGGGGAGACAAAUCUGGCGUAGAGGAGCAGCACCACCGCUCACAUCGACUUCCAUCGCUGACCGACCCUUACACGGAUGCGUCAAACUAUCCCGGCGGGUCAGACCAACGCCACAAGAGUCCGCUCACUGCUACCUCACGAUCCGAUGAACGGUUUACGAGCCCUUGGCACAGCUUACCUUACGAUCACCGUGCACAACAACCACAGAGCAAUCUUGGCCCCUUGAGUCUAAAGAUACCUGAGGCGCAACAAGACCUCCCUCGGAUAGCCACCGACAACAAGUUUUCUAUCGGCACGCCCAUCUCUCGUCAACAGACUACCACUUCGCUACCGUCGUUUGCGUCGUUUCAUGAGCAUGCUACACGUAACGACGAGCCUGACGAGGUUGAGAUCGCUCCAAUGUCUGCCCGCUUGCCGUGUUCGAUGUGCACCAAGCUGAAGCCGAAGAUCUAUGAAGUCGCCAUUGCAGUGGCUGCCUUUGACGAGACGGCGCAAACUCACUUCAGUAAGCCGACCGCACGCCCGUUCGACGUUCCCGCUGAUGACCCAGCCCGAGCUCUGCAAUGGAUCCUCGAUCGCUUGACGAAGGCGAAAUGCGACUUUCAAGAAACCUCGCGCAUGCGGGAUGCAUCUUCCCAUUAUGCCCCGCAGUAUGCUGGCUUCACGAACCCGAGGACAGCAGGGACAGAGGUGUCUUCACCACCGAAUCCGUUGAAACGGAGCGCUUGGGACUACGAUGACCAACCGAUGUCUAAGCGGCGAGGGUCGAUCAUGCCUUCUAACGAUGGACCUCAUCCUACGUCUAACCCAGCUCCAAAGGACGAGAGAGGGGCUUCGACGGACUUCGCAACUGGCUCUACUCCGCCUAUGGAGUACCUGACCGGCUUAGCACAUGCAAGAACAGGGUCACCAGGGAUGUCAACGCGACCACCGCGCAACCCACCAUCUCCGUCUUCGCUGGCCUAUCCUCCUUCUGCCGCUCCAUCUGUUGUGCCACCACAGACACAGUCCAUGGGCUCACCGGCAACUUCAUACCAGCCUACAGUCUCGCUGCACAGUGCUUCCACAAGCUCUGCCACAUCCGCUCAUAUUGCUGACUUGCAACAUCAAGUCACGCUGAAAUCACUCUCCCUGUCCACACUGCAGUCAGAAUACUCGUCCUUACUCCAGAAGCUGCAACGGGAACGACUAAAAAGCCAAGCGAUCGAGAAAAAGACCUCGGUUGCCGACCAGGAAGUCAAUGACCUGACCAGCCGGGUCGAGGAGCUGACGGACCAAGUCAAGAGCCUCGAAGCGUCAUUGGAUGCUUGCGAGAAGAAGCGCGAAAGUGAACGCACGGAAGCAGCUCGAGAGAAGGAUCAAUGGGGGCGGAUGCUUGAGCUGGGUGGCCGCCUCCAGACGAAACAUGCUGAGGAGAAGCAGAAGCUGAGGGAUGAGAACCAUGCUCUAGCCCAGCGAGUGGCUGGUUAUGAGAGCAAUCGGCAGGGGAGUCUUCCCCCUCUUCCGGCUUCUACUAUCACUCCUCCAGCGAGACGAAACCAGGAAGGAGAGACCAACGCACUUCAGCAAGCGCCUCAGAGGCCAGGCCCGGCAGAAUUCGCUGCUCCGCCGGGUGAAGUCUCGAAUCUUAGGCGAGAGAACGAAAUACUGCAUUCUCGAAUCGAGAAUCUGCGGUUUUGUCUGGAAGAAGCGCGACGCCACACCCAGCUGCUAGACGAGCGGGCGCACGAAGUCAUGAGUCGUAGUGGACAGAUAGGGAGCGUUGUGCGGAGAGCUCUGGAAGACGAGGACGACCGCAUAACGCCUGGUAAGAGGACCAAAGUCAUUGAAGGUGUUGAAUCUGGCAUUCCUCCUGAUUUCCGAACAACUCAAGAGGUAUAUUCAGGGUCAGCUGGUGCUCCUCGACAGUCUUUGGACACGUCGAUGCCAUCAAGUGGAGCAGAGUCACGGAAGGUGUCGCAGCAUAGCAUUGGAUCAUCUACGGCGACGUCGACAUUGGCAUCUCUGGCUCGAGCAGUGUCUCCUGGACCUGCUGAACUCGGCUUCCAUGUCACGCCAUCCACGUCGUCACCCGAGGAGCUCAUACGAGCACUGGGGCCAGUGCCUGCUCCCCUCCCUGCCAACCAGUUCGGUGCGCAUUUCCACCCUCCACCACCUGUUCCAAGUAAGAAGCAGAGCCGCGCCCGCCAAACCAAACAGCCGCGAAGACAGAGCACUGAUGCCGUGAACUCAUGGCUAAUGCCACGCAUCGCCGAGCAGCCUGAAAGCCACGACGCCUUUCACAUUGGCUCAUUCCGACCUCUGUCACAAAACACCCACUUCCAACAACACAGCAACUUCCGCCCAGCGGAGCACGACGACACCGCACCGCACUCCCACCACAGCUCCCCCGGCCCAGUACGAGACGGCCACUCCCCCAGCUCCAUUAGCUCCGGCGAAGGCAAAGUCCAACUCCCCUCUCUCAGCGCCAUGGACCAGAGACGGAAUAGUAGCUAUGAGGGCACGCGGUCAGCAGAGCAUUCUGCCGUCAUGCCCCCGCCGCCCCGACCUGCUGCGCUGUCUGCGGGACCGCCGGUAAUGGCUUCGCAGCAUCAGCGUGGCGCUAUGAGUUGA